UUCGAACUAUGAAAUCCCAGAAGAGGAGGUGGUCCCAAGGAGGAGAGUCCUUCUAGCUUGGAAUUCAUUCAUUUCCAAGUGGCCUGUGGACCGCUUUAAUGCCUAGAGAAAUCCGUUUCCUCUGAGCCAAAGUCGGCCUCCCGACUGCAUCCCCGAGGCCCCACUGGUCCGUGCCGCGGCGUCGAGGCCAGUCGCCACCUCCUCCUCCUCCUCCAGCCAGGCGGACCGCCAGUCCACUUCUGCAGAGGCGACACCCAGCCCGCAGGCCACACGCCCCGCGAGUGCGGCGCCUUUAUUUACUUGGCAGAAGAGCCUUCAGCCCCCUUCCUAACAAGUCUGGAAAGCAUUCCGGCGACGCGAUGUUGGGGACACUGGUCUGGAUGCUCGUGGUCGGCUUCCUGCUGGCACUGGCGCCGGGCCGCGCGGCGGGCGCGCUGAGGACCGGGAGGCGCCCGGCGCGGCCGCGGGACUGCGCGGACCGGCCGGAGGAGCUCCUGGAGCAGCUGUACGGGCGGCUGGCGGCCGGCGUGCUCAGCGCCUUCCACCACACGCUGCAGCUCGGGCCGCGCGAGCAGGCGCGCAAUGCCAGCUGCCCCGCCGGGGGCAGGUCCGCCGACCGCCGCUUCCGGCCGCCCACCAACCUGCGCAGCGUGUCGCCCUGGGCGUACAGGAUUUCCUAUGACCCAGCUCGCUUUCCGAGGUACCUGCCCGAAGCCUACUGCCUGUGCCGAGGUUGCCUGACCGGGCUCUACGGUGAGGAGGACUUCCGCUUUCGCAGCACGCCCGUCUUCUCUCCGGCCGUGGUGCUGCGGCGCACCGCCGCCUGCGUGGGCGGCCGCUCCGUGUACGCCGAACACUACAUCACCAUCCCGGUGGGCUGCACCUGCGUGCCCGAGCCGGACAAGUCGGCGGACAGCGCCAACUCCAGCAUGGACAAGCUGCUGCUGGGGCCCGCCGAUAGGCCGGCGGGGCGCUGAUGCUGGGGACUGCCCGCCAUGGCCCAGCUUCCUGCCAGAUCAGAUCCCCUGGCCCUGACAAAACCCACCCCACGGUCCCUGGCCACUGCCCAGUUUUUCCAAAAGGACAGCUACAUACACUUUAAAUAUAUUUUUCAAAGUAGACACUACAUACAUACUACUAUUUUGAAUAGUGGCAGGAACUAUUUUCAUAUUAGUAAUUUAGAGCGAGCAUGCUAUUUUUAAACUUCUUUGAUAUACACGCAGACCAUGUUUUCCCGUUUUCCUCCAGUAGGAUUCUUGAGUGCAUAAUUGUGGCGCUCAGAUGAACUCCUCUCAGUGUGCUGUGCGCAGUCUUGGAGGCCCAGGCUUACUGAGGUGAUAUGGAGGCUCCGAUCUGUGCACCGAAGGCCCUGGGCUGUGGAGAGGGCGGCUGUGGGGGCCAAACUCCCUGUGUUCUUUAGCAUACAGAUGGUCUCAACUGUUUGAAGAUUAAAAUUUUUUGGUGUUAUUCUUUCA